AUGUCCAACAUUGUUAUAUCCACACCGUCAAAGAUCAUGGUGAUCGAUGCGGCUGCUCACAUCGGCCAGAUGAAGAUCUUCGGCAUCUCAAUAGCAUCAGUCCUAGGGCACUUGCACGCGGAGGUCCCCGUCACGCCCGAAAGGCACUGCUCAAAAUUUGAUCGCAAAGUCGUCGAAAUGGUAUUGCGGCCAAGGCGUGGUGGUGUAGCUAAGUUCGCGCGGCUGCGGAAGCUUGAUGAGGCUUCCUCCCGCUAG